CAUCUUUUAUAUUUUUCCUAGAUGCUUCCAUUCCUAUGCAGAAGACGAAUGGUAACGCUUCUUCGAUCACCCGACCAAUUCAGGAGGACAAGCUAAUGAAUGGCGCUGAAGUUGAUAGAUCGAUUAUAACAAUGGAUCAAAGCUUAGAUGAAAUUAGAAUGAUAAAUAAUAUACCAAAGGCUGAAAUAUUGGAGAAUGUAAGAUCUAUGUCCUGCAAUGGGACCGGAAACCAUUAUACUUGUUACCAAGUGACUGGCAUAAGAACUGUGGGCAUAUACUUUACUUUCGAUAUACAUAUCGGAAAAGGAUAUUUUCAACUGUUAAUGACAGUGAAUGGGAAACAACAAAAGAUAAAACUGUGGAAUCGAAAAAUGUUGUUUUUGAAAGUGAAGGUUAAACGUCUGCCGAUAUUAAGUGUCUGUUUCUUUGCCGUAAGGUUUAAAAUACAUUAUAGGCAGUGGUGCGUUAUGGUUACAACGAACAUAAAUGAAAAAACGUAUGUGAGACAGGUUGGUUGUUUUCACAAUCGUGACCAUAAGCCUCCAAGACGAUGAUGACGCUGUCGGUGAUGAUGAUGAUGAUGAUGAUGAACUACUACUACUACUACUACUACUAUUGUUAGGCGGCGAGCUGGCAGAAUCGUUAGCACGCUGGAUGAAGUGCUUAGUGGUAUUUCGUCUGUUGCUACGUUCUGAGUUCAAAUUCCACCGAGGUCCACUUUGCCUUUCAUCCUUUCCGGGGUCAAUAAAUUAAGUACCAGUUGCAUACUUGGGUCGAUGUAAUCGACUAGUCCUCUCCAUCAGAUUUCAGGCCUUGUGCCUUUAGUAGAAAAGAUUAUUAUUAUUAUUAUCAUUAAUACUGAAAGCGGUGAGCUGGCAGAAACGUAUGCUAAUAACACAAAAUGAUAUUAACAUAAAUGCAUGCACGUUAAUACAGAUACCUUUUAAUAUAUGUUAAUAUAUGUUAAUAUAAACAAUAAACAUACAUUGUUAUAAAUAUUUUUAUGAAUAAAACGUUAUUAUAUGUUAA